GGGUCUUGCGGCACCGGGAGCCGCCAUCAUGGUGCGGAAGCUUAAGUUCCACGAGCAGAAGCUGCUGAAGCAGGUGGACUUCCUGAACUGGGAGGUCACUGACCACAACCUACACGAGCUGCGCGUGUUGCGGCGUUAUCGGCUGCAGCGGCGGGAGGACUACACGCGCUACAACCAGCUGAGCCGGGCUGUGCGUGAGUUGGCGCGGCGCCUGCGCGACCUACCCGAGCGCGACCCGUUUCGCGUGCGCGCCUCGGCCGCGCUGCUGGACAAGUUGUAUGCUCUCGGCCUGGUGCCCACGCGCGGCUCGCUCGAGCUCUGCGACUUCGUCACGGCCUCGUCCUUCUGCCGCCGCCGACUGCCCACCGUGCUCUUGAAGCUGCGCAUGGCGCAGCACCUCCAGGCCGCCGUGGCCUUCGUGGAACAGGGCCACGUGCGCGUGGGCCCCGACGUGGUCACUGACCCCGCCUUCCUUGUCACACGCAGCAUGGAGGACUUUGUCACCUGGGUAGACUCGUCCAAGAUCAAGCGGCACGUGCUGGAGUACAAUGAGGAGCGCGAUGACUUCGAUCUGGAGGCCUAGCCGAUCGUCCCUGCCUUUCGAGGAUGGGAAAGCUGAGACCUGAUGCUUGAGAUUCUGUGAGGGCGCUUGCCCCAAGAGUGUAUCGGCCAAGUCUUUGGUUCUUAAGAACUUUGUCCCUCAGCAGCAGGUCACGCACAGAGCCAAAGGGUACGGCCGUUUUCCAUAAACUUUUCUUGGCCCUUGGACUAUUGAUAAUUACAUUACUGAUUUAAGAGACAAUGGGAAGCGGUUUUGUGCUGCACUGCGGAAUUGUUAGAUUAUGUACCUGAAACAUUGUAGUGCGAAGGAACUUUGAGCCCCUCCCCUCCCCCUAGCUUUCCCUUUAUUAUCUUGUAGCAGGACAGUUUGGUUAAACCUGUUUAAUUCGAGUACUUGCUCUUGUUUUGUGAUUAAGCUAUGUACAGACGAUGGAGAGUCUGGUCUCAAGUUUUCAUAAAAUGGGUGAGAUUAGUAUUCAGGGACCCACCCGUGCC